AAGAAGUUACAAAGCUAAACUAACUUUACAAUAUCGAUUGUUCUCCCAAAAAGUUUUACAGACAUGGAAAUUGAUAACGGUUAUAAAUCAAAAUGGAAUCUGUUAUUGAUCUUAUUUGGAUCAGAAUGUGCAGUAAUGGCAAAGUGUCAAACCUUUUAUAGCCUGUUUAUAGCUUUAUAAAAAGUGCAUGUUUGUAUUUGAUCAGGUGUUGAGAAAUAAUUGGCAAUGGAGACAAUACCAGCUGCUGUUCAAGAUGACAGUUCAAGUGCAAAUCCCAGUAGUGUGAAAAGUGAUGACAGCAGCCCCAGGAAUGAGGGGUGCAGAGGCUCCCCACCGCCAAACUGUGCCAUAUGCCUCGGUACAUGUAGAAAUAAAUCCUUCACAGACUCUUGCCUACAUCAGUUCUGUUUUAAAUGUCUUCUUACUUGGAGCAGAGUUAAAGCAGUAUGUCCUCUCUGUAAACAAAAUUUUCGAUCUAUUAUUCACAAUGUGCGGUCCAAUCACCAAUAUGAGGAGUAUAUGGUGGAACAGCAACCGCCGGAGGAGCCAGCCCACAGAAUUGACAUUGACAGCCUGGUCACAAGGCGAUUUAGAUACAGGACAACUUUAACACUACCGAGGCGGGAGACUCUGGCCUUCCAGCAACUACUGAUGCAUCACUACCCGAUGGUAGCAGAGGUGUUCCCGCCGCCCUCUCCCACCCCGCGCCGCCGCUCGCCACACUCCUUCAGGCGGUCAGUCUACAGAUACAACCUGUGGGCCCGGCCUCUUCCAGAUUUUACAGGCAGAUUCAGAGACUGCACCCCAGAAUUUUACAGGUACAAUAGUUCACAAAUGCAUCGCCUGGUGCCUUGGCUCAAUAGAGAAUUGCACUAUUUGUUGAACGAGAAUGACGGACACAUCUCGUAUGUGGUGGCUCGAAUCCUGGAGCUCCUCCCGCAGUAUCACAUCAACUCCACCGAGUUCAGGGAGGAGAUGACGCGGUAUUUCGGCGAGCGAACCGAGCACUUCCUCCACGAGCUUUACUGCUUCGCCUCGACGCCGUACGACAUGACCGGCUACGACAGACACGUCCAGUACACCACCAACAACAGAAUCAUGACGAUGGUCAACGAGGUCAUCUCGAGCUCCGAGUCCGAGGCGACCGUCGACUCCGACAUCGUGAUGGUGUCGAGCUCGGAGCCCGCGGAGCCCCCCGCCGGCCCCUCCCGCGUGCCCGCCCCCGUCUACCCGCAGAACUACAUCCCGGAGCCGUCCACCGCACGCGACAACGUCAUUCCCAUCGAGACCAUCUCGCACUCCGACACUGACGACGACUCGUCCGAGGUGAUGGUGGUAGGGUACAUCAAGCCCCCGCAGGACAGGACGCCCGAGGUGGUGGACCUGCUCGGCUCCGAUAGCGACGUCAUCGUGCAGGAGAACUCGCCGGAGCGCCCGCGGAACUCGGCCCCGGAGGCGCGGCCCCCGCUGAUCGUCAAAUUAAAGCUGCAGAAGCAGAGCGACCGGGCGCUGCCCGCGGCGCCGAGCGAGAGCGACGAACAGAGCGACGGCAGCACGUACACGCCGCCGCCGCGCCGCUGCCCGCACGCCGGCGACGCCUACGCCACGCCCCCGCCGCCCACCGCCGACGGCUGGAGCUCCUCCUACUCGCCCUCCUCCUGUUCACCCUCCUCCCCCUCCUCUCGCUCCUACUAUAGCUCCAGCACCGCCUCCUCGAUCAGCUCUAGCGACACGGAGGAGAGCCCCCGGCGGAGGAGACGCCGGAAAUCUACCUCCCCCGACAGGCACAAAAGGAGGAGUAAACGCCCGUCGCGCUCGCAUCACCGAAGUAAAAAAGUCAAACCCUCGUCCAGCAGGGACAAGCACAGCAAAAGAAAAAGCCACUCCGGAAAGGGCGUCAAGAGCACGAAGAGCAGGAGCGAAGCCAGCACCUCGAGGGCGGCGGAAGAGCUCCGGCCGGUUUCGGCGGAGCCCGGCACGAGCGGGCUCGCCGGCAGGAGGAAACGGAAACGGGAUAGGGCCCACGACCGCCGCUCCAGCCGUGAGAGUAAAAGACUGAGGAGUGUCGUCAACGUCGUCAGCAGCAGGCGAGAUGACUCGGCGUCGCCGCUGCGCGCCGCCGGGGAAAACCGAAACGAAAACCAAUCCAAUAUACCUCAUAAUAAUACGAGUGACAUAGGUUCCCAGGUGGAAGUGGAGGUUUGCGCGAGGGACGAGGAAGCUGACAACACAGAUUCCGAUGAUCUCCCGUUGAACUUGUCUGUAGGAAAAUCAAUAAUGUCGUCAUCAAAAAUGUGAUAAUGUACGUGUAAUAAAAAUAUGUAUCAAUAUUAAAUUAGUGAUCAGUGACAAGCAAAUUUAUUGAGUGGUUUGAUAAAAGUUCUCAUUGAUCAAUUCUAAGUUUUAAUUUUUUCUCAUUUUGCGCUGAUCGAGAUUUCGCCAUUGUCUCUAAAUAUUUUCAAAGUAUAUUAAAUAGCAUUAAGCAAAUUCGCAAGUACUGUAGACCAGGCAAUUAUGUGACCAGAAAAUGUUACUAUUUCUUCCUCUGCAUUUGAGGCUUUAUCUAUAAACUCAAUAGACUACCUAUAGGGAGUUGAGAGUAUCCAAAAUAUUACAACAUUCAACAAAUACAAGGUAUAGUAAUUUGAUUGAUUAUUAUAAUCAUAAAUUCAUAACAAUUAUAUUAUGUGUUGUGAAAUUUUAAGACUGCUUGGCGAAACUGGAAAGGAAAAGCGCAAUGUACGAUUUUUAGAUCUCUUUGGUGGGGCGUCCGUGCCUAAUGGGAAGACCUUCGGUUCGCACUCCAAGAGAGUGCAGGUUCGAACCCGGGUGGA